UAUUUUUUGGUGAUAGAAGAAAUUCUAGAGUGAGUCCUAUACUUAAGACCUAAGGCAUGGUCAUAGCACCUUAGCCUGCUUUAAUUUGGGCACUUACUCUGAUUUCUGCCCUGGAGUUGAGAUGGUUUUUAGUUUCUUCAUUUGACAGAUAUUUAUACAAUAACAACUCAUGCCCAAAGUAAUUGUAUUUUAUCAUUGUCAUUUCUUGGCUUUUUAGAAAAGCAUUCCUCCAAAAUGGGAAUGUGUGUAUCCCAGGGGUAUAGCAGAUGAUCCAGUGGUGUAUAGGAAUGUUGAAAAUUUUUAAAUUUUUUCUGGAAAAAUUAAGCCUAAUGUUUAAUAUAAAUUGAUUAAAUGUGUGUGUACGUACACACAUAAUAAGAGUUCAUGCUCAGUUUUCACUGAUGGAGGUUCAUAGUCAGUUUGAGACCACUGUUCUAAGAAAGUUCUUCUGUAGAAGUUUUAACAUAUGAUUUUUCCUAACUGUACCAUCUCUGGAAUUACAAAUACUGUUUUACAAAAGAAGAAAAUGAAGCCCAGAGAAGAUCAAGCAGUACAUCCAAGGUCACGUUACAAAGUUUGCUAAUAACUUAGCUGGUACUAGAACUCUGGACUUUAAAGUUUCAGACUAGGACUAAUUUUGCUAAACUCUGUAGCAGCUAAAAUGUGACCUUUAGAACCUUUCUGCCUAUCAGCUCAGUGAUUAAACAGAGGUGACAUAUGUAUUCACAGGUUUUAGCAAUAAAUUCUGUCAACUUUUUUCCUCUAAGAUCCCUUCGUGCAAGAACCUUAAACCAGUUUCCCAAAAGAUGAGCUCUGCAACCUCUGGGUAUAGGCUGAACCUCAUGGCUCUCCUUUUCCCACUUCUCAGAGCUAGGCUGGCUACAGUAAACAUCAUUCAAGAUGUCCAGCAAAGGGAGCAGCACAGAUGGCAAAACAGACUUAGCUAAUGGAAGCCUGUCUAGCAGUCCAGAGGAGAUGUCUGGUGCUGAGGAAGGGAGAGAGACAUCCUCAGGCAUUGAAGUGGAGGCCUCAGACCUGAGCUUGAGCUUGACUGGGGAUGAUGGUGGCCCCAAUCGCACCAGCACAGAAAGUCGAGGCACGGAUACAGAGAGCUCAGGUGAAGACAAGGACUCUGACAGCAUGGAGGACACUGGCCAUUACUCCAUCAAUGAUGAAAACCAAGUCCAUGACCCCUCAGAGGAAGAGGAGGAGGAAGAAGAGGAGGAAGAAGAGCAUCCUCGUCGCCGUGUACAGCGCAAGCGGGCCAAUCGUGAUCAGGACUCAUCCGACGAUGAGCGAGCCCUGGAGGACUGGGUAGCCUCAGAGACAUCAGCCCUGCCCCGACCUCGCUGGCAAGCCCUUCCUGCUCUUCGGGAGCGGGAGCUGGGUUCAAGUGCCCGUUUUGUGUAUGAGGCUUGUGGGGCAAGAGUCUUUGUGCAGCGUUUCCGUCUGCAGCAUGGGCUUGAGGGCCAUACUGGUUGUGUUAAUACCCUGCACUUUAACCAGCGCGGCACCUGGCUGGCCAGUGGCAGCGAUGACCUGAAAGUGGUGGUUUGGGACUGGGUGCGGCGACAGCCAGUAUUGGACUUUGAGAGUGGCCACAAAAGCAAUGUCUUCCAGGCCAAGUUCCUUCCUAACAGUGGUGAUUCUACCCUGGCCAUGUGUGCCCGUGAUGGGCAGGUUCGGGUAGCAGAGUUGUCUGCUACACAGUGCUGCAAGAAUACGAAGCGUGUGGCACAGCACAAGGGAGCAUCCCACAAAUUGGCCCUGGAACCAGACUCUCCCUGUACGUUCCUGUCUGCAGGUGAAGAUGCAGUUGUCUUUACCAUUGACCUUAGACAAGACCGGCCAGCUUCGAAAUUGGUGGUGACAAAAGAAAAGGAGAAGAAAGUGGGGCUGUAUACAAUCUAUGUGAAUCCCGCCAAUACACAUCAGUUUGCAGUGGGUGGACGAGAUCAGUUUGUAAGGAUUUAUGACCAGAGGAAAAUUGAUGAGAAUGAAAACAAUGGAGUACUCAAGAAAUUCUGUCCUCAUCACCUGGUGAACAGUGAGUCCAAAGCAAACAUCACCUGUCUUGUGUACAGCCACGACGGCACAGAGCUCCUGGCCAGUUACAACGAUGAAGACAUUUACCUCUUCAACUCCUCUCACAGUGAUGGGGCCCAGUAUAUUAAAAGAUACAAGGGCCACAGAAAUAACGCCACAGUAAAAGGCGUCAAUUUCUAUGGCCCCAAGAGUGAGUUUGUGGUGAGCGGUAGUGACUGCGGGCACAUCUUCCUCUGGGAGAAAUCAUCCUGCCAGAUCAUUCAGUUCAUGGAGGGGGACAAGGGAGGCGUGGUAAAUUGUCUUGAGCCCCAUCCUCACCUGCCUGUGCUGGCAACCAGUGGCCUAGACCAUGAUGUCAAGAUCUGGGCACCCACAGCCGAAACUUCCACUGAGCUUACAGGGUUAAAGGAUGUGAUUAAGAAGAACAAGCGGGAACGGGAUGAAGAUAGCUUACACCACACUGACUUAUUUGAUAGCCACAUGCUCUGGUUCCUCAUGCAUCACCUGAGACAGAGACGCCAUCACCGGCGCUGGCGAGAACCUGGGGUUGGGGCCACAGACGCAGAUUCGGAUGAGUCUCCCAGCUCCUCAGACACAUCGGACGAGGAGGAGGGCCCCGACCGGGUGCAGUGUAUGCCAUCCUGAGGCCUCGUACCCAGGAGGGGCAGGCCAGGGCUGCCAACCUGAUCCUGCCUGGGCAGCCCUUUCCUGUCCCAGGCCCUUACAUUCAGCAGAAACGCACUUUGGACAUUUUUGCUUUAGAUUUAAAAAAAAAAAAAAAAAAAAAAAAGGAGAAAAAAAAAAAAAAAGACAUCCCAGGAGGACAAGCCAGAGGAGAGCGAACCUGCAGGGGUAUCUAAGAGUGGGAGUUGAGCCCUGCAAUGGGGUUCCAUGGAGAGGUGCGCAGGACUCAGCAGAAAUGGCCUCUCCCCAAAGCCUUCUUUUUUUUUUGGGAGGGGGGAGCCUAUUUUGUUAACUGGUUUUGGGUAAGGAAUGGGGUUUCCUUUUCUUUGAUCUCCCUUGUUUCUUGGGUGGGGGGUGGGGGGUUAACUGGCUGUUCAGUACCAAGGGGCCAGACUGGGAGUGGUAGAAGGGCCACUCUCUCUUUGGUUUUAGGUUUUGACGUUAUUUUCUUUAUUUUUAAAAAGUCUAUGACAGUUGCAUUGUUUUUUCUUCCCCUUGAGCAGCCCUAUCCCAGGAUCCUGUUUCUCUGGGAGGUCCUUAGAGCCCCUAACCAUCCCACACUUUUCACUUUGUUUUCCACCUCAUUCAUUCUCUGUACUUAUUAUCACAGUGUUUUGCACUUGAUUAUGUAUCCUUCACUCUCUUCUCUUCAUCCUGUCAUUCCCUCACUAGGUCUGGUGAGGGAGGUUGGGGGGAGGUGGGAGGAGGGGUAGAAGUGGAAGAAUAGGAAGGAUGUUACCUCUUUUGUUACUUUAAAAAAAAAAAAAGUUUGUUUGGUGGCAGCAAUCUCCCUGUCCCUAUCACUGUUAGAGGCCUACUUUUAUAUCUAUAAAUAUAUUAAAAAGCAAGUUAAAAUUGGAUGUAUCACAUUAAAAUUAUUGUCAAAGUUUAAAUACUAUAUAUUCUCUAUGACUGCAAUAAAGGGACUUAGAGGAGAGUGAGUGAGAGUAAUGAUGCGGAGGUGUCACUUGGGGUCACCCUCCUCUCUGUGUAUGGCCAUUGGGAGAUUGGGGCUCACCCUUUUAGGCUUUAGGAGGCUUGAGAAUGGAAAGAUCCUGAAUCCUGCCUUUCCCUGCUUUCCUGCCGUGGUUUCAGGGUUGGGAAACCCCUUUUAGCUCUUUGCCCCAGGUCUCCUACCUCUCCUUAAGUCUUGUGGGGGUUCCCAGGAUGGCUCUUUUAACCACAGACUGGCCCAUCUUUAAAACUUGACUGAACUGUGGCUUCAGGAAGAGGUCUGCCACUGCAGGCCAUCUCUCCUAGUACUGUGUGUAACAGAAAACACAGUCUUACCUUUAGCUGCUUGAUUCUUUAAGCCAUCCCACUCCACACCAGCUCCCUUCCUCAUGGAAGAGCACAGGGAGAGACCUCCUGGGUUUGACUGUAUACCUUAUCCACCUCUUUUGGGAUUGAAGGAAUGAUUAAGGUGGCUGGGGCUCAGACACCUGUCGUAUCACUGGUCACUGAAUAUGAAAGUCCCAGUUGAAUUCUUGCCCUUAAAUGCUUUUGCUGCUAUUUCUUUGCCCCCCACCAGGAAUUCUGCAUCCUGGGACGGUCAGAUUCUACUAGAACAGGACAGGAAGGAAGGGAAGAGUGAAAGGAUGGAAUUCCCAGAUACUCCUUCCUCCUGCCCCUUUUUCCUAGCAGCACUCAGACCAAAUGUUAGCUGCUGCACUUCCUCCCUGAAGUGGGGAAUGUGUGGUGACUGAGUGGUCUGUGUUCUUCUUGCUGGUGGGGUGAUGGAGUGGGCUGAAAACCGUGCACUCUGGAAUUUGUUGUGUAUUUUCUCUCAGUAAAGCUUUUUUUUUUUUUUCUGA